AAGACCCACGAAGAAAGAACGAAACUAACAAGCGAGGGAAGAACCCUCUGUCUCCACCAACUGGAGUGUGCGAUCUAUUAGAGAUAUGGCGAGGAGCUCAGCGGGUGCACACGAGUAAUGAUCAAAAGGAAGCAAAGAAUUGAAGCUAGGUUAGGGUUGCUGGUCAGCUGGUGCGAGGACUUCGAGGCAAAAAACCGAAAGUAACAAUGGAGAGGUGCACUGGAGAGAAUCUUAUUGGCUCCCUUGGAGCGGCCUGCGCGAGGACACCGAGAUGAUGGAAGAGGGGUUGAAAGCGGGGACUGACGGAGACUAAGAAAAGAGGGUGAGAGAUCAGAGCAAGGAGAGACUGCAACCAGUAAUUUCAAAUUUUGAUCUCUCUAAAUAAAAACAACAGGACUCCCGAUGACCUGCACAAAUUAAUACUCGAGCUGAUAAAGAAUGCACCGAUGGGUACUUCCCCGAAUCUCUCACUUAGAGAAGCUUCACUCUCGAUUGACUCAAAAUGUACACUUUUCAUCACUUAAAACCCUAGCUCCAGCAGCGGGAGACCCAGAUGAUCCUCUCUAUGCCGAUAUACCAAAGCCCCGAAGGGACAAGUCGCAGAGAAAGCCAUACCCAACCCCCAUGAAAGAACUUAUAAAAAAAGCCAAGGAGGAAAGAGAGGCACGAAAGAUGCACCCUUGCAGAAUGCUCGAGGAUCCUCCUGAUAAUGGCUUGCUGGUACCUGGCCUAGUCGAGUUAGCUCACCGGGUUUAUCGAGCCUGGGAAUUGCUCCUCUCUGAUUUAUCCAAACUAGUUCGGCUUGUUCCUGUUCAGCGGUGCAGGUUUUGCUCUGAGGUUCAUGUUGGCCAUGUGGGUCAUAACAUCCGAAGUUGCAGUGGUCCAAAAAGUGGUUUCCGGAGUGCCAAUCAUCUUUGGAGGAAGGGAGGAGUGCAUGAUCUGGUUUUCUUUCCCAAAUGUUUCCAUCUUGACCGUGUUGGAAAAGCAAGGGUUGUGCAUGAUGAGAGGUAUAGUGUACCCCGACUCCCUGCUGUUGUGGAGCUCUGUAUACAAGCUGGUGUGGACCUUGAAAAAUACCCUGCGCGAAGAAGAAGAAAACCUGUAUAUAAUAUUGAAGGGCGAAUUGUGGAUUUCGAGUCAGUAGAAGGAAAUAAUGAGAUGAAGAAAGACUUGGACUCUGUAGACAUUGAUCCUCUUGAGGAGCCUGAUUCUAAUAAAGGGGCCAAGAUUGGUGAGAAAAUGGAGAUUCUGAGUUCUGAGGCAAACCUUUGUAAUCUAGACCAUGGGAACAAUGAAAAUCUGAAAGAGUUAAGUACUGGGACAAUGAAUUUGUGGUUUGAAAUGAUAUCGGGAUCAAACAAGAUCAUGGAGAAGUACAAAGUUUGGACCUGUGGAUAUUGUCCUGAGGUUCAGGUUGGGCCUAAGGGUCACAAGGUCAGGAUGUGCAAAGCAUCAAAGCACCAGUCACGCAAUGGUAUGCAUGCGUGGCAAGAAGCAACAAUAGAUGAUCUUAUUGGUCCCAACUUUGUCUGGCAUGUUCGAGAUCUGCGCAAGCCAGCAUUAGAUAAUAACUUGAAGAGGUAUUAUGGGAAGGCCCCUGCUGUAGUGGAGCUCUGUGUGCAGGCUGGUGCAUCAGUUCCUGAUCAAUAUUGGAGCAUGAUGAGAUUGGAUGUGGUUCCCCCUGAUCGAGAUGAAGUUGAUCUUGUUGCUUGAAAUGGUGUUUCAACCAUCCUGUCGAUAUUGGGGGACCGGAACACUUAAUGUAUUCGGUGGAAGGUGUUUAGUACUAACCUUAUUUUAGUCUGAACAUACAAUUGGUUAGUUUUGUUCCAUUCACUCUGGACGUCCUGUUCUCUGUACGCCCAAAUUGAUAUCCAGCCAGAGAGCGUUAGAUUGAUGGUCUACCUUUAGCAGCCUUGCAUCAUCAAGGUUCUCUGAUUGUGAAUUUCUGGGCAUUUGACCUACUGGAUAUUAGUUGCUUUUGCCCAUAGUAGGGGUAUGAAAGCAGAUAUGCGUUUUGAAGUGUACCAUAAACAGGAAACGGCUAAUAGAAGGUACUCGUUAACUAUGCCAGCACCAAUACUGGCUCAUUUUCUGAUCUCAUAGUGUUAACCUGAAUAAGGUAGAGUGUGGUUCAUGGAAUAUUUAUAUAUUUUUAUGGAAAUUAAAGAUAUUAUGCACGCA